GUAAUGCGCCUGGGGGAUGGGGACUUCUAAUGUGUCAUCAACUUCAGAUUUCAUCCUCGUGGGGCUCUUCAGCUACACAGGGCCCCAUCUUGUCCUGUUCUUCCUCAUGGCCACCAUGUUCAUCAUUGGCCUGCUAGGCAACAUGAUCCUGCUUUUUUUGAUUGCCACAGACUCCAGGCUCCACACACCCAUGUACUUCCUGCUCAGUCAACUCUCACUUCUGGAUGUCGGCUUCCCACUGGUUACCAUCCCCAAAAUGGUGGCUGAGUUCCUGCAAGGAGAGAAUGUCAUAAGCUUUGGGGGAUGUGCCACCCAGAUGUUCUUCCUCAUGCUCAUGGGUGUCUCUGAGGGUGUCCUUCUGUCCCUCAUGUCUUAUGACCGCUACGUGGCCGUAUGCCACCCCCUGCAUUACCAGGUGCUCAUGAGAAGCCAAGUGUGUCUGGUGAUGGUGGGUGCAUCCUGGUUCUCAGGUGCCUUGGUGGCCUCGAUCCAGACCUCCAUCACCCUGCAGUUCCCCUACUGUGCCUCACACACCGUGGACCACUUCUUCUGUGAGCUGCCAGCUCUCCUCAAGCUGUCUUGUGCAGACACAUCAGCCUAUGAGUUGGCGCUCUCCAUCUCUGGGGUGCUGAUCUUACUGCUACCCCUGUCUCUCAUCUUCACCUCCUAUGGCCACGUUCUGGGAGCUGUACUGCUCAUGCGCUCAGCUGAAGCUAGACACAAGGCUUUCACCACGUGCUCUUCACAUGUGACUGUAGUGGGUCUCUUUUACGGGGCAGCUGUAUUCAUGUACAUGGUCCCAGGCAGCUACCACAGCCCAAAACAGGACAAUGUGGUAUCCCUCUUCUACAGCCUCAUCACCCCUACCCUCAACCCCCUCAUCUACAGCUUGAGAAACAGAGAAGUUCGAAUGUCCUUGGUCAAGGUCAUGGGCAGGUCUGACUUCAGGGUGAAGCGAUGAUGUCCUUCGAUCCUGGUUUUCCCUAGGAGCCUCCUUUAUGGCU